GCCGGCCGGCUCCUCCUGAGCAGGGCCCAGAGACCCUUCAGAAAGGGAGGGGCCUAGGCUGGGUCAAGGUCAGCGGGCCAGCCCUCUUAGACCUAACAGCCCUCUACUUCUGUCCCGUGGCCAGAAUUCUCCGCCUGCUUCGUUUCCUCGGCCCCUUGCUGAGGGAGAGGCCCCACACCUGAGCCCCCCCACCCCGCCCCCCGCAGGCGGGGGUGGCCUCACCGAACCGUGCACUUGGCUGCUUCGGCCCCAGAGGACCCGCGGAGCCGGCGAGCCCUGAGCGCCACGUGGCAGGGCCAGGCCAGCGUCAGACAUGGGGUCCCCGGCGCCCGGGCCUUCGCCCACCGUCCCCGCGGCCACCAGAGAGCCCCCGCUGGCCCGGCUGUACGCCCGGCUGGACCUGUGCCUGGGCUGCUCCCGCUGCGCCCAGCGCCUGGACGAGAGCACCUACCACCUGCUCCGGCUCGAGCACCGCUGCUCCCGUGAGGUCCUGCUGGCCCGCUUCAAGCAAGCCCCCAAGACUGGGGUCUGGCGCGAGGUGGGCCGCAGGCCCAGCUUCCCACGGCCGGUCCGGUACCAGGUCUGCCGCUACUAUCGCCGGGGGCAGGGCUGCCGGCGGCACCUAAACUGGUGCACCUUCGCGCGCAGCCACGAGGAGGCGCUGGUCUGGACCUUCGAGCUGGAGCACAACACCCACCGGCUGUGGCUGAAGGCGGCCGUGCAGGGCGGUGGGGCCACGCGCGAGCCCUGCAGCCCCGCCGACACCAUCCGCGAGGAGUUCGGUGGCCGCUUCCAGCUGCUCUGCUGCCACUGCUUCCGGCACCGCCCCCCACGCCUCUGCCCCGUGGACCCCGAGGGGCGCUGCCCCAGGCACGGCCGCUGCCCUGUGACCCUGGCCCACGUGAGCUCUGAGGGCCAGCACAAGUGGCAGGUGGUGGAGGUGCGGCCCCUGCCCCGGCGCCACCCGCUGGCCUACUGCCGGUACGUGGAGGGCGGGCUGCCGUGCCGGCACGGCGCGUCCCGCUGCCUGUUCGCCCACAGCGCCGUGGAGAUGGCCGUGUGGGAGGCCGAGCAGCAGCACGGGCUGCGGCGGCCCGACCUGCUCGCGCCCCCGGCCCCCCGCAGCGGGACCCCCGCUGCCCAGCUGUACUGUAGCGCCUGCCUGGUCACCUGCCCCUCCCGGGAGGCCUUCGAGAACCACUGCUCCUCGCAGGAGCACAUGAGGAUGGUGGCCCUGGACCAGACCGUGGUGUGGCAGCACCGCAGCCCGCCCGCGGGGCUCUCCGCCUUCGAGCUCUGCCCCAGGCCGGACCUCUGUGAGUACGGCGCCGUGUGCACCAAGGCGCACUCGGAGCAGGAGCUGCAGGAGUGGCGGCGGCGGGCGCGCAUGGUGGAGCAGCGGGAGCAGGCGGCCUUUCAGGAGGGGCUGAUGCCCUACCGGGAGCGGCUGCUGGCUGAGUACCAGAGCAGCAGUGAGGAGAUCCUGGUGCUGGCGGAGACGGUGGCCGGCGUGGCGCUCACCUGCGACCAGCCCCUGGUGCACCGGGCCCCCGAGAAGAAGACGCAGCAUAGCUGGACAUUCGUCGUCCACUCGGAGGAGCCCCUGCAGCACGUGGCUCUGCUCAAGCAGGAGCCGGGGGCCGACUUCUCGCUGGAGGCCCCCUGCCUGCCGCCGGGCCAGGUGUACGCCCAGGGCGAGCGUUUCUGUGUGCCGGGCGGCCCCCCCGCCGCCUUCCGGGUGGGGGUGCGCGUGCAGGCCGCCUCCUUCGGCGUCUACGAGCAGUGGCUGGUGCUCGACUUCGGCCGCCGGCCGGCUCUGCUGCAGCGGCUGGAGCUGCAGCUGGGCCAGGAGUCGCUCCCGGGGGCCGGCCCGGCACCCAGCCCCCGCGAAGAGCUGGAGCGCUGGCACACCGGCAACCGUCGCGUGGUCCCUGGCGUGGAGCGCCCGGCGGAGCACGCGGCCCUGAUGGCCAAGUACAAGGCACCAGACCUGGCUGUGGAGUUCCACCGCGGCGGCCCGGCCCCGGGGCCCCUGUCCUGUGCCAACUACCGGCAGAGGAUGCACCAGUUUCUCUACGAGGAGGAGGCUGCGCAGCAGCAGCUGGUGGCCAAGCUGAACCUCCGCUGCUCCGUGUCCCUGAAGAAGUCCCUGGAGACGCCAGCCCUGGGCAUGCUGUUCGCCCCGCCGGGAGCCCUCUACGGGGAGGUCCCCAUCCCCGCCUCCCUGGCCCCAGACACCGACCAGGGCUUCCUGCUGGCCCGGGCGGUCAGCACAGCCCUGGUGGCCCCCGUGCCCGCGCCCGACAACACGGUGUUCGAGGUGCAGCUGGAGCCCCGGGCCAGCUCGGAGCAGGUGCGGUGGCUGCUGCUGCCGGCCGCCUGCUGCAAGGCCCUGGGGCUGCACGCCGAGGCCAGCCCCGAGCUGGAGGUGCAGUUCCAGGUCGACCCGCUGACCUUCCGCCUGUGGCACGAGGCGGUGGACGCGCUGCCGGAGGAGCGCCUGGUGGUGCCGGACCUGCGGGCCUGCACUCUGCCCCUCCCGCCGCCCGGCCUGUCUGCCCUGCACGGCAACCGCAAGCAGCGGCUGGCCGUCGAGUUCAUAGUGGGCGGCAGCCCCGGGGGUGCGCGGCCGGUCGCCCCUCUGCUCAUCUACGGCCCCUUCGGCACCGGCAAGACCUACACGCUGGCCACGGCCGCCCUGGAGGUCAUCCGCCAGCCGCACGCCAAGGUGCUCAUCUGCACCCACACCAACAGCGCGGCCGACAUCUACAUCCAGGAGCACUUCCACAGCUACGUGGCGAGCGGCCACCCCGAGGCCGCGCCGCUGCGGGUGAUGUACACCGACCGGCCGCCCAGCCAGACGGACGCCGUCACGCUGCGGUACUGCUGCCUGACCGAGGACCGCCGGGCCUUCCGCCCGCCCACGCGGGCCGAGCUGGAGCGGCACCGCAUCGUGGUGGCCACCACCUCCCAGGCGCGGGAGCUCCGGGUGCCGGCCGGCUUCUUCUCGCACAUCCUGCUGGACGAGGCCGCCCAGAUGCUGGAGUGCGAGGCGCUCACGCCGCUGCGCUAUGCCCUGCCCGGCACCCGCGUGGUGCUGGCCGGGGACCACAUGCAGGUCACGCCCCGGCUCUUCAGCGUGGCCCGGGCGCAGGCGGCCGGCCACACGCUGCUGUACCGCCUGUUCCAGCUGUACCAGCAGCAGCAGGCGCACGAGGCCGCCCAGCGCGGCCGCCUCAUCUUCCACGAGAACUACCGCUCCACGGAGGCCAUCAUCGCCUUCGUCUCCCGGCACUUCUACGUGUCCAAGGGCACCCCCAUCCGCGCCCGCGGCAAGGUCCCGCGCCACCCCCGGCUCUACCCGCUCCUGUUCUGCCACGUGGCGGGCGACCCGGAGCGCGACCUGUCCCUGACCUCCUGGCUCAACACGGCCGAGGUCGCGCAGGUCGUCGAGCAGGUGCGGCAGCUCUACGACACCUGGCCCCACUGCUGGGGCCGCCCCGAGCAGAGACACAUCUGCGUGGUGUCCCACGGCGCCCAGGUGAGCGCGCUGCGGCAGGAGCUGAGGAGGAGGAACCUGGGCCAGGUGUCUGUGGGCAGCUUUGAGAUCCUGCCAGGCCGGGAGUUCCGGGCGGUGGUGCUGAGCACCGUGCACAGCCGCCACAGCCUGCAGAGCCCGGGCGUCCCCGCCCUGGAGUUCUUCACGGACGCCCGCGUGCUCAACACCAUCAUGACGCGCGCCCAGUCGCAGGUGGUGGCGGUGGGCGACGCCGUGGCCCUCUGCUCCUUCGGGGCCUGCAGCAAGCUGUGGAAGAGCUUCGUCCGGCAGUGCGUGGAGCACCACAGCGUCUUCCCCGAGGACCUGUCGCUGGAGCACAUCGAGCAGGCCGUGGUGCAGAGGCAGCGCUGGGCCCGCCACCGGCGGCCCGCGGCCCCACCGGCAGGGGCGGCCGGGACAGCGGCGCCCAGGGACACGGUCCGGGCGGAGAGGGCAGCCGCGGAGCCUGCCGCGGAGCCCGCCGCAGCCGAGGGCGAUGCCGUCCCAGCCAGCGCCUCGGCGGCCGUAGACAGGGCCGCGCAGGAGGCAGAGGCCGGGGACACAGCCCCAGGGUCCGGGUCAGGAGGGCGCCCAGCCGUGGGGGACGCGGCGACCACGGGGAGCGUGGCCAGCGUGGCGGCGGGGGCUGUGAUCACAGGCGGCGAGGACGCCGAGGACCCCGAGGACCCCGAGACCGACUUCUGGGCCUGGGACGGGGAGCUGGCCGCGGAGGACUCGGUCCUGCAGGAGCUGCUGGAGGAGAGCCGGAAGGUGAUGGUGACGGUGCGGGAGGACGGGCUGCUGGACACGGUGGCCCGGCCGGCGUCCCCGCAGCAGGCCCGGCAGUACGUGAACCUGCCGCCGGACGCGCUGCGGGGCCUGCUGCGGGCGGAGCCGCGGCUGCACCACCGCUGCACCUUCGUGCCCGAGACCUUCGAGCGCGCGACCGCCGUGCCGCUGGACGCCGCGGGGCCCGGCCCCAUCCAGCUGCGGGGCCGCCUGCACUGCGGCAUGGCCUUCAGCGGCGACGAGGUGCUGGUCCGCCUGCUGGGCGGCGAGCGGGCCCCGGCGGGGCGGCCGCAGGGCCGCGUGCUGGGCGUGCUGAAGCGGCGGCGGCAGGAGCUGCUGUUCGUGUGUCGCAUGGACGAGUGGGACUCCCGCCUCCUGGUGCCCAUCGACGGCGCCGUGACCAAGAUCUUCGUGGCCGACCUGAAGGACCCGCUGCGGGUGCCCGUGCACCGCCUGCAGGGGGGCCGCCUGCAGAGGGUGGCCUACGAGCCGCUGUCCGCCCAGGCCCGGCGCCGCCAGCUCUUCUGGGUGCGCAUCGUGGUCUGGCAGGAGCGCUUCUACUACCCGCUGGGCAUCGUGCUGGAGGUGCUGCCCGAGGCCACCACCUGGGAGCAGGGCCUCCGCGUCCUGGACCUGGAGUACGGCCUCCGGGAGCCCGCGCCGGACCCGGCCUCGGUCUCCAGGGCGCUGCAGAAGUUCCGCGAGGAGCUCGGCCGGGCGCCCGGCGCCCGGGAGGACUGCCGCGGCUUCCUGACCUUCACCGUGGACCCCCCGGGCGCCGGCAACCUGGACGACGCCCUCAGCGUGCGGGACCUGGGCCCCCGGUACGAGGUGGGUGUGCACAUCGCCGACGUGGCCAGCUUCGUGCCCAGGGACGGGGCGCUGGACCUGGAGGCCCGCAGGCAGGGCCUGGCGGUCUACGCCCCCAACCGGGAGCCCACGCCCAUCCUGCCGGCCGGCUUCUGCCGCGACGUGCUCAGCCUGCUCCCCGGCCAGGACCGCUUCGCCAUCUCGCUCUUCCUGGUCUUCGAGAAGGGCAGCGACCAGCUCAAGAGCCCGCGCUUCGCGCCCUCCGUGGUGCGCUCCGACCGCCAGCUGUCCUACGAGGAGGCGGAGCGGGCGAUCCGGGGGCGGCCGGGGGCCGGCCAGGAGCUGCCCGCCCGCCUGGACGGCGUGGACGCCUGCGUGGUGGCCGCCUGCUACUUCGCCCGGGUGCUGCGCCGGCGCCGCCUGCAGGCCGCCUGCCCCUACGAGCAGCUGGACGAGGACGGCGUGCUGGGCUUCCGCGCGGCCCACGCCAUGGUCAAGGAGUACAUGGUCCAGUUCAACAGCCUGCUGGCCGAGUUCCUGGUGGGCAGCGCCCACACCCGCACGGUCACGCCGCUGCGGUGGCAGCCCACGCCCAGCAGCCGCCAGCUGGACGCGGUCAGCGAGAAGCACGCGGAGCUGGUGCCCCUGUCGCUUCACCUGAGGCAGCACCUGCGCGGCCGCGUGCCCCCCGACGCGCGGCUGCACCUGCUGGCCCCCCUGUGGCGGCUCGUCCAGCACGCGGCCCGGGCCCGGGACGCCGAGCUGCUGGCCGACCUGGUCACCACGGACGACAUGCACCCGCCGCUGGCCGCCGUGCGCCUGGACUUCCGCAAGGCCCUGGGCCGCUCGGUCUUCGGCCGCUCCAGCCAGGGGGAGCAGCAGCCCGCCGGCCACUACUCGCUGCAGGUGGAGUGGUACACCUGGGCCAGCUCCCCCAUCCGCAGGUACCUGGACGUGGUGCUGCAGCGGCAGACGCUGCUGGCGCUGGGCCACGGGGGGGCCGCCUACUCCGCCAGGGACAUCGACAGGCUCUGCCAGGACUUCAACCGCCAGCACGGGCGCGCCCAGAGCUACCAGCGCCGGGCCUGCAGCCUGCACCUGGCCACGCAGCUGAAGGCCCAGCCGCGCCAGAAGCUGGGCUUCGUGGUGGACGUGGAGCCGGGCGCCCGCUGCUUCAGGCUCUUCUUCCCGGCCAACCCGGAGACGCUGCCCGACCCCUGCCCCGUGUUCUACCGCUGCCUGCAGCUGGCCGAGCACCCGAGGCCCCUGGCCAGCCGGCCCGGCCUGCGGCUCCAGUGGCGCCGCCGCAUCUACUCCGUGCGGGAGAACGGGCCCUGCCCCCCGCUGCCCGGCGCCCUGCUGGACCCGCACACCUGCCCCGUGGACGCCGGCCUGUGGCAGAGGCUGCUGGCCCUGGUGGAGGAGCAGCGGUGGCCCGAGGCGGCCGCGCUGGUGCGAGAGCAGGGCGCCGCGGAGGGGCCGCCGCGGGAGCUGGGCCGCGUGUCCCGGAGCGCCUGCCGGCACUUCGUGGAGGUGGCCCGGGAGCUGGGCGGCGGGGACACGCUGCAGGUGCAGCUGGGCGCGGCGCUGCACCGGGGCGUCCUGGCGCCCGCCCUGCAGCUGUGGACCGUGGCGCCCGGCCUCAGCCUCUGCCUGGAGCACGUGGAGCGGCCCGGCGAGUGCUUCUCCGGCCAGGCGCCGCAGGCCGGCAGGGACAGCUUCGGCCACCUGGAGGACUACCGCCGCGUGUGGCAGCCCUUCUGCGCGCUGGAGUCGGCCACCAGCGCCGUGGCCGAGGGCGAGGCCGUGACGCUGCAGCACGUGCCCGUGGCCUGGGCCCGGGCGCGCACCGAGCGGGGGCAGCUGCGCGGCAGCUUCCGCCUGGACGGCACCUUCCUCCGCGAGCACGGCAUCGACGUCGACUUCGACCACUGCUACCUCUGCCUGCGGCUCGAGGGCCUGCGGGCCGCGCCCCCCGCCGGCCCUGGCCCCGCCCCGCCCCGCGGGCCCGGCGGCCUCGGCCCCGUCCUGAGCAUCGACCCCGACACCUACACCUGGGUGGCCCACGGGCUGACGGAGGGCGCGGACCCCGACAAGGAGGACCCGGCCCACCGGCGCGAGUUCGCCAAGCAGGUGCGCUUCUUCGUGCACCACAUGGCCAUGGAGAAGGUUCCGGAAGAGGUGCUGAGGCCCGGCACCUCCUUCACCGUUGAGGUGCUGCCCAAGCAGCUCCCUGACAUCCGCAAGGAAGAAGCCGUGUGUGGGCUGAAGGCCGCCUCCCAGCUGGUCAUCAACAUCGCCUUGGGCCACCCCAUCCCCCUGCCCCGCCACCCUCCCCGCCACCCUGCUGGCCAGCAGCCCCUCCGCAGAGGGACCCCCAGCCGGUUCCUGGAGCUCCCGACCUUCGACAUGCCCGGCAGCCGCCGCAAGCUGAACCCCAGCCAGAAUGCGGCCGUCCGAGAGGCCCUGAAGAGGCCGUUCACCGUCAUCCAGGGCCCGCCAGGCACGGGGAAGACGGUGGUGGGCUUCCACAUCGUGUUCUGGUUCCACAAGCUGAACGAGGAGCUGCCGCCGACCGGCGGCCCCCGCUGCGUCCUGUACUGCGGCCCCUCCAACAAGUCGGUGGACGUGGUGGCAGGCAUGCUGCUGAGCCGGAAAGCGGAGCUGAAGCCCCUCCGCGUGUACGGGGAGCAGGCGGAGGCCACCGAGUUCCCGGUGCCCGGCGUGAGCAGCAGGGGCCUGUCCAGGAGGACCCCUCGGGAGGGGAGGCCCAACCCGAUGCUCAGGAGCAUCACGCUGCACCACCUGAUCCGGCAGCCCCCCAACCCCCACGCGCAGGACAUCAGGGCCUUCGACACGCGGCUGCAGCAGGGGGCGAUCCUUUCCGAGGAGGAGCUGGCUUCGUACAAGAAGCUCCUGGGGAAGGCGCGGAAGCACGAGCUGGGCCGCCACCGCGUGGUGCUGUGCACCUGCUCCUGCGCCGCCGCAGCCAGCCUCAAGGGCCUGCAGGUCCGGCAGGUGCUGGUGGACGAGGCGGGCAUGGCCACGGAGCCCGAGACCCUCAUCCCCCUGGUCCGGUUCACGGGGGCCGAGAAGGUGGUUCUCCUCGGGGACCACAAGCAGCUGCGGCCGGUGGUCAAGAACGAGCACAUGCAGAGCCUGGGGCUGGACCGGUCCCUCUUCGAGAGGUACCACAAAGACGCCCACAUGCUGGACACGCAGUACCGCAUGCACAAGGACAUCUGUGCCUUCCCCUCCAUGGAGUUCUACGAGCACAGGCUGAAGACCUGGGAGGGCCUGCGGCGGCCGCCCAGCGUCCUGGGCCACGUGGACAGAGAGAGCUGCCCCAUCAUCUUCGGCCACGUGCAGGGCCACGAGCAGAGCCUGCUGGUGUCCACGGAUGAGGGGAACGAGAACUCCAAGGCCAACCUGGACGAGGUGGCGGAGGUGGUCCGCAUCGCCAAGCAGCUGACCCUGGACAGGACGGUGGACCCCAAGGACAUCGCCAUCCUCACGCCCUACAACGCCCAGGCCGCGGAGAUCAGCAAGUGCCUGGUGCAGAGGGGCGUCUCGGGGCUGACCGUGUGCUCCAUCACCAAGAGCCAGGGGAGCGAGUGGCGCUACGUGCUGGUGAGCACCGUCCGCUCCUGCCCCGAGGGCGACCUGGACCUGCGGCCCACGAAGAGCUGGCUGAAGCGCUUCCUGGGCUUCGUGGUGGACCCCAACCAGGUGAACGUGGCCCUCACCCGGGCCCAGGAGGGGCUCUGCAUCGUCGGCGACCACCUCCUCCUGCGGUGCUGCCCCCUGUGGCGCCGGCUGGUGGACUUCUGCGAGGCCCAGGGCUGCCUGGUGCCCGUCGGCCAGGUGCGGGUCCGGCGGAGGUCGGCCGUGUCUUCCUGAGGGGCCCGCCUCUGCUGCCCAGCACCCUCCAGCCUCCGGACGGUUGGGACUGCCCCACCACCACCCGAUGCCUCGGCCCCGCUCGGCGGGACCCCUCGUGCCUUCCGUGGUCACUGCCGGCCCCCUACGCCCACCGUGGCCGUGCACAGUGACCACCUUCUGGGGUCAUGGCUGUUCCCGGCGGGCAGCGUGAACUUGGGAGGAAGGGGGAGGGUCCAUCCCCACCCUUCCGGCUGACCUGCAUUCGCUGCCACCGUGGGGACCGGGGCCAUCUCAGGGGUGGGCUGUGUCGCUGGGGGGUUUGGGGUCAGCAAGGAGCCCCCAGCUCUCUGGUUGCCAUUCAAUGCCAUUCAACCGUCCCCACCGGGCACCAGCCAUGGGACUCAGCUUUAUUUUCUCUUUUUAAAGAAACCUGCCCUGGCUGGUGUGGCUCAGUGGAUUAAGCGCAGGCCUGAGAA